UCGGCGCGGGAGGCGGUGCGGGAUGGCGGGGCCCGGCGUGCGCUCGGUGCUGGGCACCAUGGAGUUCGGGCGGCGGGCCGGGCCGGAGGCCAGUGGGGCCAUGCUGCGCGCCUUCCUGGUCCGCGGGCACGUCCUGCUGGACACGGCGCACAUGUACGCGGGGGGCGAGUCGGAGCGCAUCCUGGGCGCCCUGCUGGCGGCCGAGCCCGGCGCGGCUGGGAGAGUCAAAAUAGCCACGAAGGCGAAUCCUUGGGAGGGCAAAACCCUGAAGGCUGAGAGCGUCCGGUUGCAGCUGGAGGAGUCUCUUCAGCGGCUGCAGCUGCAGAGCGUGGACCUCUUCUACCUCCACGCCCCGGACCACGAGACCCCCAUGGAAGAGACACUGCGGGCCUGCAAUGAGCUUCACAAAGAGGGGAAGUUUAAGGAGCUCGGCUUGUCCAACUAUGCAUCUUGGGAGGUGGCAGAAAUCUGCACCCUUUGCAAAACCAACCGGCUGCUGCUGCCGACGGUGUACCAGGGCAUGUAUAAUGCGACAACACGCCAGGUGGAGAAGGAGCUGUUUCCCUGUCUCAGGCACUUUGGAAUGAGCUUCUACGCUUACAACCCCCUGGCCGGGGGGCUCCUGACAGGGAAGUACAAGUACGAAGAUAAAGACUUAAGUCAGCCACCAGCUGGCCGUUUUUUUGGGAACGACUGGGCCAAAAUCUACCGGGACAGGUACUGGAAGCAGCACCACUUCGAGGGAGUAUCCCUGAUCCAAAGCGCUCUCCGAGAGGCAUAUGGCUCAAACCCUCCCACUUUGACCUCGGCCGCCCUGCGCUGGAUCUACCACCACUCGGAGCUGCAGGGGAAGUACGGGGACGCUGUGAUCAUUGGGAUGUCCAACAUGGACCAGCUUCAGGAGAAUCUCCGGUCCAACGAGGAGGGGCCUCUCGUCCCAGGCGUGGUGGCAGCCUUCGAAAGGGCGUGGCACCUCACAGCCCACGACUGCCCCAAUUACUUCCGCUGAAGGCACGCUGGUGGGUCUCCCUUCUUGGAUAAGCAGUUGACCAGAAUUAAAUGGAGCUCUCUGCAGG